AUGGAGCCACCACCGCCGCGAUGGAGGGCCGCGUCAGUGGCGGUUCUGCUCCUCGCCAUCUUCAGUCACAGUGACGUGAAGGCCGGCAUUCCUCAGGCUGUCACGAGAGAGCAGAUCUGCACGGUCAACGGCGCUUAUGAUCAGAACGAUCCGCGGCGGAUCCAAUGCAAAGAUACGAUUCUAGGCACUGUGAGAAUAUCCAACAAAGAGAAAUUUUCGUUUAAUGUCACGCAAAGCACCAUCGAUUCCAGGGACAAGACCUACGCCGAUGUGGGAAAUGUCGGUUUUCUUGUGACCAUUACAAAGACUCCCGUAACAAUAUCAUUACCUUUAGAGUACAUCAAGUCUUGCCCACGAACGGAAUUGCCGUGGUACAGCAUGCUGCGCAUCGGCGAUGGGAAAGAGUGGAGCUUCUCGGUCGAAGUCAAGCUGCGAUGGUGGACCCCGCCCCGGGCCCUGGAGCUGGUGUCUCAAACCCUGUAUGACCAGUGUGAAGCCGGGAAAGAAGUCGGCACUGUUCCAUUGGACCGAGACUGCGAAAGAGAGAAGCACGAGCGCCUGGGCAUCACCGACAGAAUCUACACACUGAACUACACUACACCAGAAAUUUUUGACCCCGAGUUUGACAUCCGCCUUUCCCUGGAGUCCGACGGCACUUUGAAAGAGGUCACAAAUGUACUUGCGGGCAAAUUCUUAUUCAUUCCUUCUUGGCCUCCAGAGCAUCCUUGGGUGAAGGAAUCUAAGCUUGAGUACGGAUGUUCAACCGAGUCGGACCCAGCAGAGUGGGGAGUUACCGAAGAUGAUCCUCACUUGUGGAGGCUGUGCCAACAAGGUUCUGUGUAUUGCAACACCAAGUCGUGCUUAAAGCACGCCGUCAUCUUGGACAAGGACUACGUUUCCGUGACGGGUUAUGAAUGCGACAAAGUUGGCACUGGCCUUGAUCGAUGGGGAGACAUGAGGGGAGAAUUCUGCUAUUUGCUACCUGGGAGUUGUAUCACCGGACAGCUUCGGAAGUUCAAGGAGGUCGACAGGCUGCGAAUCGAGCAAAAUCUAGCGCCAUUAUACGCACUGAAACGAGAGUUCGGCGGCUUUCCUCGAUAUGCGCCGGACCCAAUGAACGCAACAAGUCUUUCGUCGGCAGGCACGAGACACUAUCUGGGUUAUGAUUUCGGAGAGCAGCACUACUCAGACAUCCGUUUCGAGAUGGAUGCAAACGAUGUCACCUGGCUGAGGGCGACAUCACCUGGCCAUAUUACCUUCAUCGAAGUACCUCAGCUCGACGCAUGCGCCUCCAGCAGCAUUGGCGGGUGUCCGCUCAAAGCAUACGUUUGGAAUUCAGCUGUGGUCGACAUGUGCGUCUCAAGCACCACCCACCCCGCAACUAUGGCUCACUUGUUGAAUACCGUGGUCCGCUCAGGAAACGAAGAUGCAGCGUUCGCAGUGGAGGUACCCUUCUGCAUUGAUUCAGACACAAAGGAGCGCACCAUCGACGUAAACCCCAUUACACCAAUUCGGACAACCGUGCCUGCUGACGAGACGGUUGUUUUCACGCUAACCUUCAGAACGCUUUCUUCGAGCGGUCUUAGUGUCACAUGUUUCAUGAAGCUGUACGACGCCCAGCAUCUCAUGCUCGACCAACAGACAUUCAAUGUGACAACGCGAGAUGCUCAGGAGAUGGUCUUCUUGCCUUACGAGAGCGUUGGAGAAGUCCAUGUCAACAAAACGUACCUCGAAGACAAAGACGGUCUGUCGAAUUUCGAGCGUUUCUUCGGUAUUUCACGCCCAUCAGGAGGCAGUGUAUGCCCCUGCAGCUGGUAUAAUGGCGUCUGCCUCCUAUUCAGAUGCGCCAUGAACUUGAAAAAGAAAAUACGAAGUCCAGAGGCUGCAGGCAAUGCCAAGCGCCUGAAAAUGCCGAAAGUGAAGAUUAUCGGAAAGCGAAAGGCACAAAAAACGCCUACCCUGGAGAAAAUGCCUGAAACAAGUACUUCUCAGUCACACGACACACGGCCUCGAAACACGAAUGCGAAACAACCUCAGAGAAGACUACUCGCUGGAGCCUUUACGAAAGCAGCAGCCGGCGCCACAGCAGUAGCCUCCUUUGGGCGGCGGAAGGGGAAAAAAAGGAAGGAAGAAGACACGGACGUGGCGGCUCAUCCCACUGCGGCGCAGUCGUGCUCCGACGAGACGACGAAGGGUACCCGGAACAACGCGAAAAAGUCUGAAAAAGAAAAUACCACGGAAACGUCCCUGUUCGCCGGACAGGCAGCACGCCACGCGGGAAAGUUGAGCAAGAAGGAAAAACGAGAUUUGCGCAAACAGACAAAGAAACAGAGAAAAAAGGAAUAUCGACAGCAGGCUGCCACAGGGAUACCAGAAAAUGGGGCCGGAGAAGCAGGCGCAAAUGUGCCCCAGAAAGACAGACGCAAGAUGCCGAACAAAAGUGAGGUCGACUGGCCGCAGUCCUCGCCUGCGGAUCCCCACGACAACGACGCAUCUACUUCUGAAGUCACGAAAUCAAACCGCCCGAUCAAGAAGGACCAACGGGAGGCUGAGCGGCGACGGCGGCAACAGGCGUUUACAAUAGCGAAGGAGGGGGUUAGUCAAGAGAAGGCAGAAGGAAACGGGUGGGAUACGCACCGAACCUACAGCGAACCGGAUCAGCCACACGUUCCAACCGCAGCAGUCUCUCUGGGAGAACACGACAAGAACACGACUCAGCACGGCAGGAGUCAGGUUCCGGACAGAGUCGCCGUUCGUGAGGGAGACAACAGUCAGAAACAUCUCGAAACAGAGCUAGACGGACAGCAGCGGAGACACCCAGGUAAAGCAGGCUCUGAUUCGCCCCCGACCAAAGACGGAGAAGACAAUACGGGGCUUAUACGCAGGCAAAAGCCGGUCAAAAUGAAGGAAGAGGGCAUCGAGGCAACUGCAAAAGAACGCCCAAAGGUUCGGGUCGUUGGCGUGGCAGGGAAGAUGAAAAAGCUCCUGAAAAAACAGAGGGGACACGGCGCAGACCAAGACGGCAGUGAAGAGGCGGGAUGCGAAGCGGAAUCCAGAGAGAGAGAAGAUGCACUAAAUAAACAAGCAUCGAAGACGAAGGGGAAGAACGAGAAGCCUUCGAAGAAGAAGCAGCAAACACAAGCAGACGCCAAAACGGAUAACGAAGAGGAGGGACAGGACGAGGAAGAAGACGAAUCCUAUACACUAAAGGAAAAGGAUGGAGGAGACACACCACCGACAACUCGACGGGCCCUCACAACGGCAGUGGCAAAUCGACCUGAAACACUCGAUGAAAAAUACACUGAAGCAAGUUUCUCGACGCUUCCCAGUGUGGAAAUCGAGGAACACGAAGAGACUCGUAUGGGGGAAACAAAUCCUCGCUAUUGUUCGUCAAUGCGAUAG